AUGUUCCGAAAUGCAGCUACGAAGAUUGCCCACAACGCCACGAUUCCUGCUCUCGCAGGAAACAAGGACUUACGUCCACUGCAAGAUCUAAUUCACGCCGAGAAGUCUGUCCUGAUCUCGCUACAGAAGCUGAGCGUGGACAUUAACAAAGCGGCGGAAGCACUGCGAAACUGGGGCGCGACGGAGGGGGAGGAUCUGUCGGUACGUCUACGCGUCCCCCUUAAUCUGCAUCGGUGUUCAUCCAUCGCAGGACGUCCUCGGCGCAUCUACGAACCUCCUCUCGCACUUCUCUGGUGGUCUCUCCCAGUAUGCGUCGCACGAGCACGCGAUCCGCGAUCACAUGAAGUCCAUCCGCACCAAGGAGGAGGCCCUCGACGACCUCAAGCGCCGCCGCAAGGCCGUCGUCUCGCGCGCGGACAGCGCUGA